UGGAGGCGGACAUGGAGCCGGAUCUCAGAGGUCCUGAAAUCGUCACCAUGGGGGAAAAUGACCCACCCGCGGCUGAGGCCCCCUUCUCCUUCAGGUCGCUUUUCGGACUUGAUGAUUUGAAAAUAAGCCCUGUUGCACCAGAUGCGGAUGCAGUGGCGGCGCAGAUACUGUCCCUCCUGCCGCUGAAGUUCUUUCCCAUCAUCGUCAUUGGGAUCAUCGCGUUGAUCAUAGCGCUGGCCAUUGGUCUGGGCAUCCACUUCGAUUGUUCUGGAAAGUACCGGUGUCGGACCUCUUUCAGGUGUAUUGAGCUGACAGCGCGGUGUGACGGAGUCUCGGACUGCAGGGACGGGGAGGAUGAGUUCCGCUGCGUGCGUGUGAGCGGCCGCCACGCGGCGCUCCAGGUGUUCGCGGCUGCCACCUGGAGGACCGUGUGCUCUGACGACUGGAGAGGUCACCACGCCAGCGUCGCCUGUGCCCAGCUGGGGUUUCCAAGCUACGUGAGUUCGGAUGCCCUCAGGGUGGACCUGCUGGAGGAGCAACUGCAAGGGGACUUUGCCUCCAUCAACCACCUCCUGCCCGAUGACAAAGUGACCGCGCUGCACCACUCGGUGUACCUGAGGGCGGGAUGUGCCUCGGGUCACGUGGUUACCUUGAAGUGCACUGCCUGCGGCCUGAGGACGGGCUACGGCGCACGCAUCGUGGGCGGAAACGUGUCCUCGCUGGCGCAGUGGCCGUGGCAGGCCAGCCUUCAGUUCCAGGGCUACCACCUGUGUGGGGGCUCCGUCAUCACGCCCGUGUGGGUGGUCACCGCGGCCCACUGCGUCUACGACCUGUACGCCCCCAAGUCGUGGACCGUCCAGGUGGGCCUGGUCUCCCUGCUCGACAGCCCGGCCCCCUCCCAGCUGGUGGAGAAGAUCAUCUACCACAGCAAGUACAAGCCCAAGAGGCUGGGCCACGACAUCGCGCUCAUGAAGCUGGCCGGGCCGCUCCCCUUCGGUGUUUCAGUGGCACAGGAGCAGAUGCAUUUGUGGCAGACUGGAGCGGUUAUGGCAGGGACCACAGGGCCACAAAGCCCCCGGUGUUUACUGUGUGGCCCUUCAGAGGAAAGAUGGCAGCCGCUCAUCCAGACUCGCUCGAGAGCUGAUCCAGCCCGUCUGUCUGCCCAACUCCGAAGAACAGUUCCCCGAUGGAAAAAUGUGCUGGACGUCGGGAUGGGGGGCCACAGAGGAUGGAGGGGAUGCCUCCCCGGUCCUCAACCACGCCGCUGUGCCCUUAAUCUCCAACAAGAUGUGCAACCACCGGGAGGUGUACGGCGGCAUCAUCUCCCCCUCCAUGCUCUGUGCCGGCUACCUGCAGGGCGGUGUGGACAGCUGCCAGGGGGACAGCGGGGGACCGCUGGUGUGUCAGGACAGGAGGGUGUGGAAGUUGGUGGGGGCGACAAGCUUCGGCAUCGGCUGUGCCGACGUGAACAAGCCUGGCGUCUACACACGCAUCACCUCCUUCCUGGACUGGAUUCACGAGCAGAUGGAGAGGGACCUGAAAACCUGAGGAGAAGAGAACAGGCGGCCACCUUGAGUGCCCGCCGUGAUAGAAACACCGUCCUUCCACGGGUCCCGGGGGGUAACUUGCGCAUGAGCCUCCUGUGCCCUUCUGCCACCACCGCAGAACCCCGAGAAGGAGCAUCUUUCUGUCCCCGCGAUCUAGAACGGCCUGCUCCUAGCCCUCUACAGGCUCCUGAGGAGCUGGGCUACCAUGACCCUGAAGCUCCUUUGUGAUGUGACCUUCCCUGAGCUCAGAAGCAGGGGCACCUUGGUGGUGGUGGCUGUUCACUUUCCUCUGUGCUGGGGCAUUCACCGUGACUGAGAGUCACGCGCAUCUCCCCACAGUCCCCCCGGCUCCCAGGGAGGACACGCCAGCCAGAGCCGCAAGGGGGCGUCGUGGUGGAUGUUGCCGUUGGCACCGUCUUUAUCCCGGGGCACCGGGACCAAACCAGAUCUUCCUACUUCCAAGAACCCUUUCCACCUGUGAGAACUUAACCCACGAGUAAUUAUUAUAUGGUUUCUCUCUA